AUCUUAAAACUGGGAGUGUGCAAAAGAUAGCCCACUUUUUCUCCUCCUUUUGCAGAUUACAGCAACGCAGUCCACAGAAGAAUUUAACAUAUUGAGAGCUCUCCUUGUGUGACAAGCGAGAGACAGAGUUUACACUGUUUUUGAGCUGAAAGUACUUUUGAGUCUCCCAAAGAAAUGUAACUGCAGGCAAUAAAGCUGAAGGAUUGAUGCUUUUGCUUGUUGUUUUAUGGUCAGGGAAGAAGUUGGGGACCAUCUUUCCCUGUCAUCUUAUUCAUUUCUUCUUGGCCAAUUACAUUUGCCUUUUUGAAGAACUAGCAGAGGUCUAUGUAUCUAGGUCUUCUAGCUUUUGGCUGAUUAGAUUUAGACCUAAUCCCUUUCUUUUUUCUCUGAGGGAGAGAUAAAAGUCAUUCUUUUUCCUCUAUGCAUUAUUAGUAUUUGUUACUGCCAUCAACAAAGGUAUUUGCAGUUUUCCACCUACUGACAGAUGCUUUGUUGCUUGCUUUCCCAUUCAUUUUUCCUGCUUAUUAAAGACAAGUGAGUUCCACUAUCUUUUCAACUUUAUCAUUAGUUCCUUAAUUCUCCCAAUCAGGGCUUCAGUUAGUUACAAAUGGCUCAUUAGUUUAUUUCUUUGUCUUGUUUUCAGUAAUACCGUUCCUGUACUUCAACCCCUUCCCUACUUUUCCCUUCUCCAUGCUUUGCCACACUGAAACUCCUUGUUUCCUUUCCCUCCCUUUCCCCCGGUUCCCAUUUCAAUUUGUGAAUCCUCAACAAGGUUUGCUUCCAGCUUAGUUUUAAAACGGUUUUGCUUACCAAGGAAAAGCAACUGAGCUGAUUGUAUUCUUACUUGUGGCUACUGAUUCUGGGAUCUCUUUGUGGCUCUAGAUCUUACUUGCUUUGGGUGCAAAAGGCAGUACAGAUUUCCAUUUCAGACCUGUCAGCCAUUACUUCAGGUGGACCUGUGUUUAAUGCCCAGCAACUUACGGCUUUGUACUUGUUAUCGAUUGCUGAAUAUAUUCACCUUGCUUCAAUCUGAGUCUUACCCAUUACCCGCUUUUAAUGCUUGUCACGUGGAAUGGUAAUUUGUCUUUGCUUUGCUUACCAUAUCUAUGGCUCAAUAAUUUUAGUUGACUCGGUGACUCACUGGUCUUAAAAUGGUACUUCCAGAUUCUGCAUCUCUUUCAUUCCUUAAUCAAGGCUCAUAGUUUCUUUUGCCUCUCGUAUUUGAAGGCCACUUGCCCUGGCUUUUUAGCAACUCUUGAAAACCUUUAACUUCCAUUUCUGUUACUAUGGUUUCCCGAGAUUCACCUCCAAAUCCAGCUUCUAGUAUCCUACACCAUUUUAUUAUCUCAGAUUCUAUUAAUAGCCAAAACCAAUUCGAAGGCCAACAUUUUGGUGCUUAUGGCUCUGCUUUGAGAGGCAACCACCACAACACAUUUCCCCAGUCCCUUGGCUUGUUGCCUAGCAUUCAGUCUCUUGGGGAAAGAAUGUCUAGAUCAAUGGACCUUCUUCCAGCUCCCAUUGUCGCAGAAGAAUCUGAGAUUAGCCAGACUAGACACUUGAUGGACCUUCUUGGAGCAGCUAACGAGACGAGCCACCAGACUCAGAGGCUCUCACUGUCUCUGGGUUCUCACAUGCUUGGUCCUUCCUUAAAUUCUAAUAUUGCAAGUUCCAGUUACUUGCUUUCCGGGGCAGAAGACAGAGAAGUUUGUAAUCCAGGAGUCGAACACAUAAGUGAUGAUUACUCUUUCACAGCUAGCACAUUUGCUUCAGCUUCCACCUCAUUACACCGAUCUUGUUCGACUGCGUACGGAGCAGAAUCUUUCGGUACUGCUAUUGGGAAUUCGAGGUAUCUAAGGCCAGCUCAGUCCCUUCUAGAUGAAGUUGUCAAUGUUGGCAGCAAAAAUUUUGAGGAUCAUGUUUUUGGGAAGUUAUAUCUAGGUGACAGAGGGGUAGGUUCAAGACUUUCCUCUGAAUUAAAAGCAGAAUUCUGCAGUAACGAGAUAUCAUUGCCCGAAAAACACGACCUUCAGAUUAGACUUGCAAAGCUCAUUGGAUUGCUGGAGGAGGUUGAGAUCAGAUACGAGAAAUACUACCAGCAAAUGGAAGAAGUGGUUUCAUCAUUUGAAGCGCUAGCCGGUGUAGGAUCAGCAAAGACUUAUACUGCUUUGGCACUCCAAGCAAUGUCCAGGCAUUUUGGCAGUCUAAGAGAUGCCAUAAUAUCUCAAAUAAAUGUCAUCAGGAAAAGGUUUUCACAGGAUUUACCGAAAAUCAACAGGGGGUUAUCUCAACUUAGCCUGUUUGAUAGAGAUUCUAGACACAACCGACUGUCCCUUCAACAGCUUGGAAUGAUCCCAAGCCAAAGGCAAGCUUGGAGGCCUAUUAGAGGAUUGCCAGAGACCUCUGUAGCAAUCCUUCGGUCUUGGCUUUUCGAACACUUCCUUCACCCUUAUCCAACAGACUCCGAGAAGCUGAUGUUGGCAUCACAGACAGGCCUGACCAAGAAUCAAGUAUCAAACUGGUUUAUAAAUGCUCGAGUUCGACUUUGGAAGCCUAUGAUAGAAGAAAUGUACAAAGAAGAGUUUGCAGACUCUCCUCAAGACUCUGGUCCAUCAUUAGCUAGCAGUUCCAUGGGCAGGGAAGGUAUUGCAGCAGAUCAAGCUGAGGAUUGAAAGAGUAGCAAAGAUCACUUUAGACAGAUAGUAAUCUAUGCUCCUUACACCUUUCGUUUUUGUACCCAAGGUUAUUAGACUAAUCAGAUUGUACAAUGCUCUUCCAGGAUUUGAUUGAAAACUAAUUAGGCUCAAAAAUUCAAGUCUCCAAUCCAUUUUUGAAGCUUAAUAGUGGAAGCUAGCUCUCAUAACUUCCUCAUGGCACGACAUGGAAAUCAGUUUUGGCAGUUGAAUUUGCUGUGUUUAAGCCAUUUUUGUUGUAAAAGAGAAAGAAAUUUUUUUUUUACUGAAGGAAAGUUUGAUUGAAAUAAACAGACAGACAACUCACAUUCUUGUA